AUGUCUAAGAAGCAUGAGAUAAUUUCAGCCGAGAUGGAGCAUAUCAAUCACUCCAAACAUCAGAAAGGUGCAACCAAUACACUUCUGGUUGUGUGUUGUAUAGUAUUUGGUUCCGCAUCAUUCAUGUUUGGUUAUGACGAUAAAGUCAUCUCGCCUAUCAUCGCAUUGCCAGCAUUUAUUGAAAAGUUCCAAGGCAAUGAUCUUGCUCUGUCGGCUCGCAAUCAAAACUUGGUGAUCUCUGUCCCCUUGGUAGGUGAUGUGAUUGGAAGUCUUUUUGCGCCACCUUUGACCUUUCACUUGGGACGGAAAUGGCCAUUGGUGGCUGCAUAUACCAUUUCACUAGGCGGUAGCCUACUUCAAGUCUUUGCUCCAAAUCUUGGGGCCUUUGUAGCUGGACGAGCUGUGAAUGGGAUCGCGAUUGGCAUUGCCAUUGCCACCGCCCCUCUGUAUCUCUCCGAGGUGGUCCCCGCCUCUAUCCGAGGAAGAUGCGUUAGUUCCAUCAACAUUUUCAACCUUACAGCAGGGGUGAUCGGCACUAUUGUGGUCUGGGCCACCCAGAAAGUCGGCGGUCAUUUAUCCUACCAGAUCCCACUUGCUAUACAGUGUGUCAUUCCCAUUAUUUUGGUACUUUUGACCCUUCCACUUCCCGAAAGCCCGGAAUGGCUUGUAUCAAAGGGAAAUAUAGAACAAGCUCGUUAUAAUCUACGAAAACUGCGUGGAUUUAGCGAUGAGCAGGUAGAAAACGAGAUCCGACUCAUGGAGCUAUGCGAAAAGACCACCCGGGAGAUUCGAUCCGAUGUCAAAUUCUGGGAUAUCUUCCGCCGAGACCACCUCCGACGAACUCUGGUGGCAGGGUCUUUCUUUUCUCUGAAUCAGAUCUCUGGAAUCAUUCUGUCCACAACAUACGCAACCGUCUUUCUCACACAGAUCGGUGCCUCCAAUGCAUUCAGAUUGACGAUUAUUGCAUCCUGCUGUACACUGGCCGGGACCCUUGCAGCCCCACUGGUUAUUGAUCGUGCCGGUCGACGUCCCACGGCAUUUGUCGGCAUGAGUCUUUUGUUCAUGAUUGAUGUCAUUGCCGGUGGCCUUGCCUUUGACACCAGGAAUAAGAAUUCCACCGUUACAAUUGCCGCCUUGUCAUUCAUCUUCAACUUUUUCUGGGCAUCAUCCUUUUACUCCUUAUCCAAUGUGAUGCCUUCCGAGAUGGCUACUACUAAGCUCCGCCACUACGUCAUGUCCUACACGAUUGCCUGUCAGGGGAUCACUGCUGUGAUCACCACCCUCGUUGUCCCACAGCUUACAUCUGCCGAUGCGGCGAAUCUUGGAGCCAAGACAUAUCUCAUCUUUGCCGGAUGCAUGGCAGCCAUCAUCGUCUUUACGUACUUCCUAAUGCCGGAGACAAGAGGCCGUACCUUUGCGGAAAUCGAUGAGAUGUAUGCUGCCAAGGUUCCAGCGUGGAAAUGGCGAUCAUACCAGACUACAAUAGAAGCGAGAACUGGAUACAGUGAGAAGAGGACAAACACUGCAAACAUGAUAGCAGUGGCACGUGAUGAUAACAGUGCCGAUGUCGGCCUUGAACAUCUAAACUCACCGGGUGAGUUCAUGUAA